AUGUUGGACAAUAAAGGAAAAGGAAACUCUAUCCCUGAUUUAAAGCAUAUCUUAAAGAUUCCCAAGUCGAAAUCGUGCUAUCUUGCAACAUCUGCUCUGAUAUUUAUCGGUUUUUUAUUUCUAAAUCAUCGAUCUUACUCGGCAUACAAUCUUAUUACGCUUGCAUUUCGAUCAAAUUAUCACAAAGUCCAAUCAUACGGGGGUUGCGCUCACCAUACUUGCUUCAAUGUACAAUCUUGUGUCUAUGAAUAUCCUGAUGAAAUUCCAAAUCAGUUGCGUAUCUAUGUAUAUAACGAAAUGCAUUUUGUUGAUGAAAAAGGAAAUUACAUAACCUAUCAUGGCAAUCAGGAUUUUAAGGAAUUGUUAAAUGUUCUAAACAACAGCAAAUAUGCCGUUCAAGAUCCAUCUAAGGCUUGCGUUUUUGUCGCUUCUAUGGAUUUCAUGAGCAGCUCCGAUCACAAUUCAUCUUAUUUGCUUGAUAUGGCUCUUUCGUUUCCAUGGAUGAAUAAUAAUCAAAAUCAUCUGUUAUUCGGUUCCUUUUACGACUUAUCUUUUGGGCGAAACCUCUUCGAUAUUCGACAUUUUCCGGGAUUGGUAGCCUCUGGGGGAAUGAAUUCCUCCUAUUUUCGAAACACAUAUGAUGUUUCUAUCCCUAUUGUCAGUAAUUUUGACUUCAUAUAUCGUAAUAAAGAAGGCAAUCUUUAUUACCUUGCGAUUCCUCAAGUCCACAUUGGACAGCAUUUAACUCGUUACGCUGAUAAAUUCAAUCAAAUUGUGGAUUUGAGUUACAAUAAUAAAAGUUAUUCGAAGACUAUAAUCUCUAAGCUUACUUCCUCGCUUCCACAUGUCUAUCAUAUUUUACAAACGGACAAUUACUCCUUUAAGAAAAUUGUAGCUUCCGUUCAGGUUGUCUUAUCUUCAAGUGUGUUCUGCCUUAUUGAUCCUUCGCAACCGCCAUUGACCCUUCUUUUUGAUACUAUGAAGGCUGGGUGCAUUCCAGUUUUUACUUCUUCAGAUAUCGUCCUACCCUUUUCCGAAAAGGUGGACUGGAAUAAGUGUUCGCUAACUAUUCCCAAUGGACAACUUAAGAAUGUAAUGGAUAUCAUAUUCUCUUAUUCGCAUGAAGAGGUUAUCUUCUUGCAACAGAUGGUUGAAUAUGUAUUCAAUAAAUACAUGUCCUCCCUAACCGCUAUCGUGACAACCACUUUGGAUAUAAUCAAUAGUCGGGUAUUUCCUGAAUCAUCGCCAUCGUAUUAUGACUGGAAUGAUCCACGCAAUCAACCUAAUUCAGCGAACUUGGACAUUUCAUUUCCACCCCUUGGUCAGGGCAUCUGCAAUCAAUUCACCGUUUUACUGACUACAUCACACCAUCUAAUGUACACCGUGUCAAUUGUGAAUUUUUUGUCUACUUCCAGAUAUGUUCGUGAGGUAUUCAUUGUCUACACGGGCGAUUCAACAGAUUUCUCGUCCACAUUUAUCACCGGCCAAACUGAGCUGCAAGUGAAAAUCGUCUCACCCUUCUACAAUACACUGGAACAAACAAUCAAUCCUCUUCCAGAGACACAAUCUGGUGCUUUUCUUUAUGUCAGCGAUGAUGUACUUCUUCCUACUGACAUUUCUGAUAUCGAUUUCGCCUACGAGACAUGGUGUCAGCAUCCAAAUCGUGUCGUCACUCUAACACCUUCCACUAAGUCUCUUAUAUCCAAAGCCGCCUUCUUCCAUAAGGUAUACGCUGUGAGAAUUCUCGAACUCCUGCCAAGCACACUAAACUGUCUAGUCUCAGGAGACAAACCGAGUUGUAUCGAAACAAUGUUACCAGAACUCGCCACUCACAUUUCUGGCCGCUCAAUUCUUCCAGUUUCAGCCAGUUGGCCUUCAAAUAUUACCCAGGCUUCAAAUGAGGUUAGUGCCCAUCGUGAGAGCUGUAUCAAACUCCUGGCCAGUAAUCAUCUUCUCCCAAUUGCGAGUGAACAGCGAUCAAUACCCUCUUUUGUAAUUGAACCAUUUUAA